AUGUGGCUCAAGGAUUGUACCUUGUUUCUUCAAGAGAUGUUACGACUCGAAGGACGAGGUGACAUUAGUGCAGUGCCCUGUGCUGGUUGUGGUAAUCCACAUCCAGAAUAUCGAUGUGAAGAUUGUUUUGGGACUGAACUCCAUUGUUCCUCUUGCACGGUGAUGGCGCACAAGGAUCACCCACUACACCGGUUGCAGAAAUGGAAUGGUGAAUAUUUCGAAUUUGCAAGCCUGAAGAGCCUUGGUCUCCGGAUUCAGCUCGGUCAUGCACUAGGCCAUACCUGUCCCAAACCGUGUCGCGCGUUCAAUGAUGACUUCAUCAUUAUAGAUUCUCAUGGCGUGCACGAAGUAUUGUUGGAUUUUUGUGACUGCGCUCUGGCAACAACCCACGUACAACAACUGCUGCGCAUGUCACUGUUCCCUGCAACUACUGCGGUCCCCAAAACGGCUGCUACGUUUUGUCUGUUAGAAGAAUUUCACCUCUUGUCUUUGGAAUCAAAAGUAUCGGGCUAUCAGUUUUAUUACGCCCUAAUGCGAAGGUCUGAUAACACAAGGAUCAAUCCUAUCAAAGUGGGUCCUAUUCCUAUCCUAACGCUUUCGCAUGAUCACAACGGCAUUAAAGCGACGACGGAGGGUGCAUGCGCUGUUAUAUGUCCAGCCUGCCCACAGCCUGGGAAGAACCUACUGUCCAACUGGAGAGAGGCCCCUCCUGACAAAAGCUGGUUGUAUGGCCUAUUUGUGGCCAUCAAGUCCACCUGCUCGAGCCACAAUGCUGUAAACAUGGCGGAUACUAAAUCAAAUCGUGGCCUGGCAGCUACAGGGCUCGGAACCAUUGACUGCGCCCGCCACAAUAUGAAGUUACCGACGGCAGUUGGGGACCUCCAGAAAGGAGAAAAGUACAUCAAUAUGGAUUAUUUGUUUUUCUCGGCCCUUCGGCAUACAACUGUCGAUAUACUCAACAUCUCGUACGACAUCGCUUGCCAGUGGAAUAAGAAUCUAUGGCACCGCAUGAUGUCGUUUCCCCCUUCCAUGCAGCUGAACCACAACAAGAAGAAAAUCACAUUCUUUGUACCCAAAUUCCAUCUUCCGGCUCAUGUUCAACAGUGUCAAACGACAUUUUCUUUUAAUUUUACGCCCGGCAUUGGACGGAUGGACGGAGAAGCCCCUGAGCGGGGCACCAAAGAAAUGGGCCCAGGCGCGAGACGGGACACACUGGACGAUUUCUUUGGGGAUUGGAAUUGGAGGAAGAUUACUAAUCUACGUCACACGAUGUUGCGCAAACUGAAGGAUGCCCUGCCUGAAUUAUCGGAACAUGAAGUGGCUUUGGACGAUCUCGAGGAAGGGCUGAAAGAAGAAUACUCGGAAGCGUUGAGCAGGUGGAAAGAGGAGGUCGAGGCAUGGGAGCAGGAUCCCUCCCAGCCAAACCCAUAUGAACGAAGCGUGGAACGUAUCACCCUUGCCUCCGUGCAUCUCGAACUCGCAAAAGAGGAGGCAUCGGACAUAGAAUCUGAUGGCUCCCGUGCGCUGCAUGAAGAUUGUUCACCUAGUAUGCUGAUUAGCAGUGGACUCGAACUCGAAGAACAACAUCUUCAGUGCCGGAUCGAGGCUUGGGUCAAAGUUCAAGAAUUGUACAUCCCAAUGGUCGCAGCCCUACGACGAGACAAGUCCAAUGAUGUCAUCACACCCGAAUCUUUCCAGCUUUUGCUUCCUUCUCAUGUCGGUGGAACCACUACUUAUGACCUCAAAUUCCAGACCAUUGAGUGGAAACUUCGAUAUGGAGAAGCCCGCGAUACCCUCCGCUCCCUCCGCUCUAAUCUCCGUGCGCAAACUGCUGUCCUAAAGUACAAGGACCGGAACCUCCGUGGUCAAGGUGCUAACACCAGAGCACGUAACACGCUCAAAGGGAUCAAUGGAAGGAUAGAGGCAGCAUCAAGCCGAUAUCAGGAUGCACGCAAGGCGCUGGUAGUCCUCACUCCCCUCGUCAAGGAGACAGGCUGGCAGUCCUCUCUGCGCCCGCUCAAUUGUGAAGAUAUCCAGGGAAUGUCAGAUCUUCUGUGGGGCCAGACUGAGGGAAGGCGUAAGUUGUCUUGGAUUUGGAAUAUGCGGGGCGCACAUGGAGAUGAGUUGUGCAAUGAUGGAUCUAUGGAAGACAUGAAAAUAGAGUGGUGCAAAGCCAGGGCACAUGUAAUGCAGCGGAAGGAGGAGGUUGAGUUGUUACAGGAGGAGAUGCGGAGGAUCUUACAAUUCUUCGACUGGCAAGCCACGUCUUGGGACGAGCGCGCGAAUCAGAGCUGGUCCGAGGGUCCUGCAGAAAGAGAAGGCAAGAUCGCAUAUGCUCGGCGCCAAGCAGCUUUGCGUCGUGCACUAUCAGUCGCAUGUCGUUCCAGUUGGGAAGACACAUGCGCAUUCAUAGACCACUCCACACUGAUUUGA